AUGAAAUUGCUGAAGUUGGGCGCGAUCCUACCAUUUGUAGAGAAGGCCAUGAGUUCUCCCUCUCUCAGAGCUGUACAGCUGGCCAUCACUAACCUCAAGGACCUGAAUGCCCUGGACAGACAAGAGAACCUGACACCCCUUGGAUAUCACCUGGCAAGUGCUGGCAUACUUCUUUAUCAUCCCCUUGUUAUCUACUGCAGACUGCCUGUAGAGCCCCACAUCGGGAAGAUGAUCCUGUUUGGAGCCAUCUUCUCCUGUCUGGACCCGGUGCUCACUGUGGCAGCCAGCCUGGGCUUUAAGGACCCCUUCGUCAUUCCUCUGGGUAAGGAGGAGGAGGCUGACAGGAGGAGGAGGGAGUUUGCAGCUGGGAGUAAGAGCGACCAUCUCAUGCUCAUCAACGCCUUCAAGAGUUGGGAGAGAGCGAAGUCCCAAGGUCGUGAGUCGGAGAGACGUUUCUGCUGGGACAACUUCCUGUCAGCCAACACGCUCAAGAUGUUGUCCAACAUGAAGCAGCAGUUUGCUGAGCUGCUGCAGGACAUCGGGUUUGUGCAGACCAGGAAUCCCAGCAACCCUCAGUGCAAUAAAAACUCUGGUAACAUAAGGCUGGUUAAAGCAGUGAUCUGUGCAGGGCUGUAUCCAAAUGUGGCAAAAGUCAGGGGACCAAAACAGCACUUCAGGAAAAGACCGCCCAAACUGGUGACCAAACAUGAGAAGGUUCAGCUCCACCCAAAGUCUGUCAACGCUGAUGAGAAGUACUUCGAGGACGGCUGGCUGAUCUAUCACAUGAAGAUGAAAACUACUCAGGUGUUCCUGUAUGACUGCACAAUGAUUUCUCCCUACCCUCUACUGUUCUUUGGAGGGGACAUCACCAUUCAGAAGGACGGGAACCAAGAAACGGUUGCCGUUGACAACUGGAUUGUCUUCCGAGCUGCUACCAAGACUGCCAAACUGGUCAAGGGUCUAAGACACGAGCUGGACACAGUUCUGCAGCAGAAGAUCACCCGACCUGGAGCCAUCAACUGGGACGAGAAAAGCAAGGAGGGUCAGCUGAUGCGGGGGAUCAUCCAGCUGAUUACUACUGAGGACUCCAGUCAGGACUAUGAUGAUGACUAUUACAGUGAUGAUUAA